AUGGCGUUUAUUGGUUCUGUUAUCUUUGGAGUUACAACAAGACAAGAUCUUAAAGAUGGUGUGAUAAAGAGAUGGUAUCUGAGACCAGAUAGCUCCAGAAUCUUCUUUGACCCCAAACGAGCUCCCCUGGCUGCGGUCUAUCACUUUCUAACGGCGAUUAUGCUCUACAGUUAUUUCAUUCCUAUAUCUUUGUAUGUCUCAAUAGAGAUUGUUAAAGUCCUUCAGAGCAUCUUCAUCAACCAGGAUAUACACAUGUACUACGAGGAAGCUGACAAGCCAGCUCGUGCACGUACCUCUAACCUGAAUGAAGAACUUGGGCAAGUGGAUACAAUUCUCUCAGACAAGACUGGAACAUUGACAUGUAACUCCAUGGAGUUCAUCAAGUGUUCUAUUGCUGGGACAGCUUAUGGCCGUGGUGUUACAGAGGUGGAGAUGGCUAUGGGAAGAAGAAAAGGUUCUUCUUUGGUGUUUCAGACUAAUGAGAAUGAUGAUAUGGAAUUUAGUAAAGAGGCAAUUACUGAAGAAUCAACUGUGAAAGGAUUCAACUUUAGAGAUGAGAGGAUCAUGAAGGGAAACUGGGUCACUGAGAUGAAUGCUAAUAUGAUUCAGAAGUUUUUCAGAUUACUCGCGGUAUGCCAUACGGUGAUACCUGAAGUGGAUGAGGAUACAGAAAAGAUCACUUAUGAGGCUGAGUCGCCUGAUGAAGCAGCAUUUGUUAUUGCAGCAAGGGAGCUUGGGUUUGAAUUUUUUAACAGAACUCAAACUACUAUUGCGGUAAGAGAGCUUGAUCUAGUGACUGGCAAACGAGUUGAAAGGUUGUACAAAAUCUUGAACGUUCUUGAGUUCAACAGCACGAGGAAAAGAAUGUCAGUUAUAGUGCAGGAUGAAGAUGGAAAACUCUUAUUAUUUUGUAAAGGAGCAGAUAAUGUCAUGUUUGAAAGACUUUCCAAGAAUGGUAGAGAGUUUGAAGAGGAAACACGGGACCAUGUGCACGAAUAUGCUGAUGCAGGGCUGAGAACUUUGAUACUUGCAUAUCGUGAACUUGAUGAAAAAGAAUACAAAGUUUUCAAUGAGAAAAUCAGUGAAGCCAAGAGUUCGGUUAGCGUUGAUCGAGAAUCGCUGAUAGAGGAAGUCACAGAGAAGGUUGAGAAAGACUUGACUCUCCUAGGAGCAACUGCUGUUGAAGAUAAACUCCAAAAUGGAGUCCCUGAUUGCAUUGACAAGCUUGCUCAAGCAGGAAUAAAGAUUUGGGUUUUGACUGGUGACAAAAUGGAGACUGCUAUCAAUAUUGGCUUCGCUUGUAGUUUGCUCAGACAAGACAUGAAGCAGAUCAUAAUCAACUUGGAGACCCCUGAAAUCCUAUCAUUGGAAAAAACUGGAGAAAAAGAUGCCAUUACAAAGGUAUCAAAAGAAAAUGUCUUGGCUCAGAUAAUUAAUGGAAAGACUCAGUUGAAGUAUUCCGGUGGGAACUCUGAUGCUUUUGCUUUAAUCAUUGAUGGGAAAUCACUUGCUUACGCGUUGGAUGAUGAUGUAAAGCACAUCUUUCUUGAGCUAGCUGUUAGUUGUGCGUCUGUUAUCUGUUGUCGUUCAUCACCAAAACAGAAAGCUCUGGUGACAAGACUAGUAAAAUCUGGAAAUGGUAAAACGACAUUAGCAAUUGGUGAUGGCGCUAAUGAUGUUGGAAUGCUUCAAGAAGCAGAUAUAGGCGUUGGAAUUAGCGGUGUGGAAGGAAUGCAGGCUGUAAUGUCCAGCGACAUUGCGAUUGCUCAAUUUAGAUAUCUGGAACGUUUGUUACUAGUCCAUGGACAUUGGUGUUACAGGCGUAUCUCGACAAUGAUUUGCUACUUCUUCUACAAGAACAUUACAUUCGGUUUCACGCUCUUCUUAUAUGAAACAUACACAACAUUCUCAUCGACACCUGCAUACAACGACUGGUUUCUAUCUCUUUAUAAUGUCUUUUUCUCAUCCCUUCCGGUUAUUGCUCUUGGUGUCUUCGACCAGGAUGUCUCUGCACGGUAUUGUCUAAAGUUUCCGCUCUUAUACCAAGAAGGUGUGCAAAAUGUUCUAUUCAGCUGGCGCAGGAUACUUGGCUGGAUGUUCAACGGAUUCUACAGUGCAAUAAUCGUUUUCUACCUCUGCAAAAGUUCUCUCCAAUCUCAAGCUUUCAACCACGAUGGGAAAACUGCAGGAAGAGAAAUCCUAGGGGGGACAAUGUACACUUGCAUUGUGUGGGUUGUGAAUUUGCAGCUGGCUUUAGCUAUCAGUUACUUCACUCUGAUCCAGCACAUUGUGAUUUGGAGCUCCAUCGUUGUUUGGUACUUUUUCAUCACGGUGUAUGGAGAACUUCCAUCAAAUAUAUCAACCGGUGCAUAUAAAGUCUUUGUUGAAGCUCUAGCGCCUUCACUUUCUUACUGGCUCAUUACUCUCUUCGUCGUUGUCACGACGUUGAUGCCUUACUUCAUCUACUCUGCACUUCAGAUGAGCUUUUUCCCAAUGUACCAUGGGAUGAUACAAUGGCUAAGGUACGAAGGUCAGUGUAACGACCCAGAGUACUGUGAUAUGGUGAGACAAAGAUCGAUAAGACCUACAACAGUUGGGUUCACUGCCAGAUUAGAAGCUAAAAAGAGAUCAGUUAGGAGAUCUGAGUCUGAAUCAUGACAACAGAACUAACCUGACUCCUCUUUGAAUGGUUUUUCAUAUUCAACUGACUUGCAGAACGUAAAUAGAACCAUAAAUAUAUGGAAGCAUAUUUCUUGGCUUCAGACUGGAUCGAACAAGGCUUUUUCCAACAAGUUGUUGUACAUUCUGCUGAUUCUUGUGGUCUUUCCUACUCACGAAACGAGAUCUUACAAGUUCAGUAUAUAUAGUGUUUGCAGAACAGCUGAAGAUUAUAUACAUCAGAGUUACACUAGAGAGAUAGUCACUGUAUUUUCUCUUCUUUUGCACUUUCAAGAUUGCCACUAUUAGUCAGAAAAAUUUGUUACGCUUA